AUGUAUACAAGCAGCCAUACCUCAGAAGCAGUGCAGGCAGUCCAUGAGGGCAGACGUGCAGUCGGAGCCAGAACAGACUUCAACAGUUUGGACAGGCUGAGGAACAGAACACGAUACGUUGCCAGGAGCUGUAAAGAAAUAAAGGACAGAUAUAACCAACAUGAAGAUGGUCUGUACUAUCUGACUACAGCCAGCGGGGUGAUGUACCAGACCUUCUGUGACAUGACCACAGCGGGCGGCGGCUGGACCCUGGUGGCGAGCGUGCACGAGAACAACAUGUAUGGGAAGUGCACGGUGGGCGACCGCUGGUCCAGUCAGCAGGGUAGUAACCCCAACCGGCCAGACGGAGAGGGGAACUGGGCCAACAGGGCCACCUUUGGAACAGCAGAGGGCGCCACCUCUGAUGACUUCAAGAACCCUGGGUAUUAUGACAUCGUGGCGGAGGACAUGUCUGUGUGGCACGUCCCCAACAACUCUCCUUUGGAACACUGGAACCUGGCCUCCAUCCUGCGCUACCACACAGAGAGACGCUUCCUAACCCUGCAAGGAGGCAACCUGCACCAACUCUUCAAGACCCACCCAGUGAGGUACAACGUGGGGUCUUGCAGCGACAGAGGACCAUCCAUUCCUGUUGUCUAUGACCAUGGAGACACGGAGACCACCAGAGAGCUGUAUGGACCCAACGUAAGAAAUGAGUUUCAACCUGGCUUCAUCACGUUCAGAGCGAUAAACAAUGAACGAGCAGCCAUGGCCAUCUGUUCUGGGGUCAAACCAACCGGCUGCAACACUGAACAUUAUUGUAUAGGUGGUGGUGGACACUUCCCUGAGGGUGCUCCCAGACAGUGUGGUGAUUUCACUAGCUUUGACUGGGAUGGUUACGGGACCAACAAAGGCUCGAGUGCGUCCAGGGAGAUCACCGAAGCUGCUGUGCUGCUCUUCUACCGUUAAAUUCCAUCCAAUAAACUUUUACUAUAUUCUAUACACUGUAAAGAAUAAAACUUUAU